AUGCUCCUCGCGCAUUCUCUCCGCCGUCCCUUCCGCCUUCCGCGCCUCCUACCGCGCGCUCUCCCUUACUCUCCCCCGCUCGCUCCCCAUUCCCCUCCGCCGCUCCAUCCCCUGCUGCGCUCUCCGCACUGUCCUUCCGUCCGCUGUUUACACUCGCCUUACUCUCUAAUUGGACUUAAUAAUCUGCCAGAGCGAGUGACCUCUCUCAGGGAAUACCGCCUUCCUGUCGCCUUCGCGUGCCUCUUCCGGCCGUCUCUCGCAAUUGGGGCUUUAAACGGCGUGACAGCAAUUGGGACGUCGAAUGGUGUGACUGUAACGGAUGUCGGCGGGCUGCGGCGGAGCAUGCGGAUAGGGAUUCAUGUACCUGCAGGGACACAGGCGG